AUGUCGGCGACAGGUACUUACAGGGGAACCACCAGCCACAAGACUGUCGGUCGAGGCAGGCUGCCCGACUUCGAGAACGGUCCGCAAUCCCACAUCCCUCGUCCUCGUCCGGACAGUUCUUCCACAAUCCAAACACCCCAUACCCCCUCCAGCGAUAUUGGAAGUUCCACCAUGAGUGCCGCCAGUAGCCGGCAGCGACAGAACCAGUCGAAGCGCGAUGAGGCGAUUCGUCGAAAAUUGGAGGCCGACCUCAACAAAAAGAGGCAGAAUCCCGCCCGUGCCAGUCGCUCUCGAAAGGCCCCUCCCGGUACCGUGCUGGCCUUGAAACCGAGUCAGGCCCUUCAGAUCAAGCCCAACACCACCAUCGCCGAAGCCGCUCAGUUGAUGGCCGCAAAGCGGGAGGACUGCGUGCUGGUGACCGACGAUGAUGAUCGAAUUGCCGGUAUCUUCACCGCGAAGGAUCUCGCUUUCCGCGUGGUGGGAACCGGACAGAAGGCGCGAGAAAUCACGGUGGCCGAGAUCAUGACGAAGAACCCCUUGUGCGCCAGGACGGAUACCAGUGCCACGGAUGCCCUCGACCUGAUGGUGAGGAAAGGAUUCAGACAUUUGCCGGUCAUGGAUGAGAACCAGGAUAUUUCGGGUGUCCUCGAUAUCACCAAGUGCUUCUACGAUGCGAUGGAGAAAUUGGAGCGCGCCUACAGCUCGUCUCGGAAGCUCUACGACGCCCUGGAAGGUGUGCAGACGGAACUUGGCUCCAGUCAACCCCAGCAGAUCAUUCAGUAUGUGGAAGCCCUGCGAUCGAAAAUGUCCGGGCCUACUCUGGAGACGGUCCUGGACGGCAUGCCCCCGACCACCGUCUCUGUCCGUACCACCGUGAAGGAUGCUGCGGCCCUGAUGAAGGAGCAUCACACCACCGCCCUGCUGGUGCAAGAUCAGGGAUCCAUCACCGGUAUCUUCACCAGUAAAGAUAUCGUGCUCCGUGUCAUUGCGCCCGGCAUGGACCCCGCUACCUGUAGCGUCGUUCGGGUGAUGACACCGCACCCCGACUUUGCUCCCAGCGACAUGAGCAUCCAGGCUGCGCUCCGCAAGAUGCACGAUGGCCACUACUUGAACUUGCCCGUUAUGAACGAGGGUGGAGAAAUCGUGGGAAUGGUGGAUGUGCUGAAGCUCACCUACGCUACCCUAGAACAGAUCAACUCGAUGUCAACUCAAGAUGAUGAAGGUCCCGCCUGGAACAAGUUCUGGCUGUCCAUGGAUCACGAGUCGGACUCGAUGGUCUCGGGAAGCCAGCAGCAAACUCAUAACCGGUCAGUGAUGAGUCCCGAGUCUCCGAAACGUGGUUAUGACGCCCGAGACAGCGUGCUCCCGAACGAGUCCGCCUCCCACCACGGGGGAGAUGAGCACUCGGAGUUUAUCGAACAUCAUCAUUCUGAGCUUGCCCCGUUCCCCUUCAAGUUCAAGGCACCCAGCGGCCGUGUGCACCGGGUCAACGUUCUCCAGACAGCCGGCGUUGCUGAUCUGAUCUCUCAAGUCACGGCCAAACUGGGCCAAGAGGUCGAGGCGGUCGGAGGCGCGGCCAUUUGCGAGGACGGAAGGUUGAGCAACACGGGUUACGCUUUGAGCUACUUGGACAACGAAGGCGACACUGUCUCGAUCACUACCGAUCAGGAUCUUGCCGACGCCGUGACCCUUGCACGACAAUCGCGUCGGGACAAAGUUGAUCUCUUCGUCCACGAUCCUACGCAACCCCCGAUCCCCGUCACCGUGGAGCCGCAGCCAACGCCUGCCAAGCCCGUGGAAGAGAAGAUCACCCCCAUCUCUGAAGAGCUACCAAGCGAGGAGCCCAUCGAGACGAAGCCGCGGUCUCAGAGCUUCCAGUCGCACAACCACCAGGAGGAGCAGUUGAUUGCCGGCGUUCCCAAUGACCUGCUCCUGCCCGGCGCGAUUGUGACACUGGCGGCCGUCAUUGCAGCGCCGACCUCCCGUGUCUUUUCUUUCCGUUUCACCACUGGGAUUCCUGGACCUUUGACCUCCCAUCCUUAUCGUCAGGACCGAAUCGGCGAUAUGUCGUUGCUACCCCCCGAAAUCCACUCGGCGCUCUCGCAGCUCCUGCGCGCGUUGACCACCGCCGAUAAUACGAUCCGUGCUCAGGCCGAAGAACAGUUGAACAAUGAUUGGAUUGUAGCCCGUCCUGACGUGCUCUUAAUGGGCCUGGUGGAACAGAUUCAGGCUGCAGAGGAUCUUGCCACCCGGGCAUUCGCCGCAGUAUUGUUCAGAAGAAUCGCGACCAAGACGCGAAAAGACCCCGUCACAAAUGAGGCCCGGGAACUCUUCUCGACUCUUACCACAGACCAGCGCCUGGUCAUUCGACAGAAACUGGUGACAUGCCUGACCACGGAGUCGGCGACGGACGUGCGAAAGAAGAUUGGAGACGCCGUGGCAGAAAUCGCGAGACAGUACACCGACAAUGGUGACCAAUGGCCCGAGCUUCUGGGAGUUCUCUUCCAGGCCAGUCAGUCGCCCGAUGCCGGCCUGCGCGAGGCCUCGUUCCGGAUCUUCUCGACCACCCCCGGUAUCAUCGAGAGGCCCCACGAGGAUGCCGUUGUGGGCGUCUUCAACAAGGGUUUCAAGGACGACCUUGUCACCGUGCGCAUUGCCGCCAUGGAGGCCUUCGCUUCCUUUUUCCGCUCCAUCUCCAAGAAAUCCCAGCCUAAGUUCUACUCCCUCAUGCCCGAAUUGCUCAACAUCCUGCCUCCGUUGAAGGAGUCGUCCGAGAGCGACGAGCUUUCGUCGGCUUUCCUGGCUCUUAUUGAGCUGGCCGAAAUCUCGCCGAAGAUGUUCAAGAGCAUGUUCAAUAACCUGGUCAAGUUCAGUAUCAGCGUCGUUGCUGACAAGGACCUGAGCGACCAGGUCCGACAGAAUGCGUUGGAGCUGAUGGCCACCUUUGCCGACUACGCCCCGGGCAUGUGCAAGAAGGACCCUGAGUUCGCCCGCGACAUGGUGACUCAGUGCUUGAGCUUGAUGACUGAUAUUGGCGUCGACGAUGACGAUGCUUCCGAGUGGAACACGUCGGAGGAUCUUGACCUGGAAGAGAGCGAUCUCAACCACGUCGCUGGUGAACAGUGCAUGGAUCGCUUGGCCAACAAACUUGGCGGCCAGGCCGUGCUUCCCCCCACCUUCUCUUGGAUCCCUCAGAUGAUGUCUUCCUCCGCCUGGCGUGAUCGUCACGCAGCUCUCAUGGCUAUCUCCGCUAUUUCGGAAGGUUGCCGCGACCUGAUGAUCGGUGAACUCGACCAGGUGCUGGGCCUGGUUGUGCCCGCAUUGCAGGAUGCCCACCCUCGCGUCCGCUAUGCCGGCUGCAACGCAUUGGGCCAGAUGAGCACCGAUUUCGCUGGUACCAUGCAGGAGAAGUACCACGGCAUCGUGUUGAACAACAUCAUCCCCGUGCUGAACAGCGUGGAGCCCCGUGUCCAGGCGCACGCCGCCGCGGCUCUGGUCAACUUCUGCGAAGAGGCCGAGAGACGGGUUCUCGAACCCUACCUCGCCGAGUUGCUACGGCACCUUCUACAGCUCCUACGCAGUGAGCACCGCUAUGUGCAAGAACAGGCCCUCUCCACGAUCGCCACGAUCGCGGACUCUGCGGAGAAUGCAUUCGACCAGUACUACGACACGCUGAUGCCCUUGCUUUUCAACGUGCUGAAGGAGGAGCAGUCCAAGGAAUACCGCCUGCUGCGUGCCAAGGCCAUGGAGUGCGCGACCCUGAUCGCCCUGGCGGUGGGCAAGGAGAAGAUGGGCCAAGACGCCCUGAACCUGGUGCAGCUGCUGGGCAACAUCCAGCAGAACAUUGUCGACGCGGACGACCCGCAGUCGCAAUACCUGCUCCACUGCUGGGGCCGUAUGUGCCGGGUUCUGGGCCAGGACUUCGUUCCCUACCUUCCCGGCGUCAUGCCCCCUCUUCUGUCGGUUGCGGCCGCCAAGGCGGAUAUUCAGUUGCUUGACGACGAGGACCAGAUCGACCAGGUGGAGCAGGAUGAGGGCUGGGAGCUGGUGCCUCUAAAGGGCAAGAUCAUCGGUAUCAAGACCAGCGCGCUUGAGGACAAGAACACCGCCAUCGAGUUGAUCACCAUCUACGCGCAGAUCCUCGAGGCCGCCUUCGAGCCUUACGUCCUGGAGACGAUGGAGAAGAUCGCCGUGCCCGGCCUGGCCUUCUUCUUCCAUGACCCCGUUCGGGUGUCGUCGGCGAAGCUCAUCCCCCAGCUUUUGAACGCCUACCGGAAGGCCUACGGCGAGUCGUCGCCUGGUUUCGCGCAGAUGUGGAACAAGGUGGCCGAGAAGAUCAUCGAGGUGCUCAGCGCCGAGCCCGCGGUCGACACGCUGGCCGAGAUGUACCAGUGCUUCUACGAGUCCGUGGAGGUGGUCGGCAAGAACUGCCUCACUCAGCAGCACGUGCAAGCGUUCAUCGAGUCGGCCAAGUCGACGUUAGAAGACUACCAGGUGCGCGUGAAGGCGCGACUAGAGGAUCGGGCCGACGCCGAAGACGGCGACGAGGAGAACCUCGACUACGAAUACGCCGUCGAGGACGACCAGAACUUGCUCAGCGACAUGAACAAGGCCUUCCACACCAUCUUCAAGAACCAGGGCACGUCAUUCCUGCCCGCCUGGGAGACUCUCAUGCCGUUUUACGACGCCUUCAUCACGAGCCAAGACCCCACGCAACGCCAGUGGGCUCUGUGCAUCAUGGACGACGUGCUGGAAUUUUGCGGAUCCGAGUCGUGGAAGUACAAGGACCACAUCAUGCAGCCGCUGGCCGCUGGACUGCGGGACCAGAACGCGGCCAACCGCCAGGCCGCUGCGUACGGAGUGGGAGUUGCUGCGCAGAAGGGUGGCGAGGCCUGGAGUGACUUCGUGGCCGCUAGUAUCCCCAGCCUGCUGCAGGUCACCCAGAUCAACCAGGCGCGGUCAGAGGAGCAUGUUUAUGCGACGGAGAAUGCCGCCGCCAGUAUCGCCAAGAUCUUGCACUUCAACAGCAGCAAGGUGCAGAACGCCAAUGAGGUCGUGGCCAGCUGGAUCGCCACUCUGCCCAUCACUUUCGACGAAGAGGCCGCUCCUUACGCCUACUCCUUCUUAGCUCAACUGAUUGACCAGCAACAUCCGGUGGUGAUGUCGAAUGCCGACAAGGUGUUCGGGUAUAUCGUGCAAGCCCUGGAGAACGAGACUUUGCAGGGGCAGACGGCCGGACGAGUGGCCGCCUCGGCCAAGCAGCUGGUGACCAGCACGGGGCUGAAUGCCGAUCAGAUCCUGGCGGGUGUGAACCCCGACAACCAGGCGGCGGUGCGGAGUUAUUUCCAGUAG